AGCGUCCAUGAGCCAUGGAUGAGUUGGAGCUGGCCUACUUGCGAAGCUCCUUCCUGGAGCCGAAGGAAUGGGGCUUUGGUGAGCCUUCCUACAUGAUGGCUCGGCCACUGCAAGAGCCCAGUGACAGGCUGUACAAAAGCUGGGAAGAGCUCCAGGGCCUUGCGGGUCAAUUGUUGGUCCUCGGUGAGAGGGCCACCACUGUGUGUGACCGACAGCGGCCAUUGCGGCGAUGGACGCAGGAGAAUUACGCAUGCAGACGAUCCAUCGUGGAUCUGCAAAGUCAAGUGCAGCGACUUCAACGUUGGGCAAGCAUGGAUGAGAUUGGAGUAGACAUCGACUCCAGGCCCAUUCUAGCGCAGCACAGAGCCGCUGUUUAUGCUUUGCUCAACACCACUGCGUUGAGUGUGGCCACAUCGGCCACGUUUGCAGUGGCCUCAAUCUUUGAGCUUUGUCGAAGCCUUGCGAAGCGUUUGGAGAUCCUCAGGUGGCAUUUGACAUACUUCCUCUUGCAGCUGGUCCUUCAGGAUGCCAAGAUUCACUAUCACGAGUACUGUUGCACAAGUGGUGAAGUCCUGGCUUCCGUGGCUGGGAGUUUGCAAACAAAUGCCACCCUGGUGGAGGUAGGUGUUGAGACUGGUUCAACUUCUGCGGAACUCUUUGAGCUUUUGCCGCAGUCCGUGCGCUUGGUGGGUGUAGACCCUUUUGUCUAUGAUGUACCAGAAGAUGAUUUGUCGACUUGGGAGAAGGACCAGCGAAAGAUGCUAUCAAUGCGCUAUGAUGCUGACUGGCUAGAAGGCAUUGCCAAAGCUGCUGAAGCCAUUUACGCCAAUGCCAAUGCAGCCGACAGAGCUGGUACAGCUGGUGCGGCUGGUGCCUCAAUGCCGCGGGGCCAGUUGUGGAAGAUGACAUCUCUGGAGGCUGCCAAGCGCUUUUCCAACAGUGAUCAUAGUGAUCUACCGGCAGAUCUCGUUUUCAUUGAUUCCGAUCAUUCUGAGGCAGCAGUUUCCAAAGACAUCGCUGCAUGGCUCAGGGUACUUUCGAGGGGUCGUGGACGCCGAAUUCUUUCAGGGCAUGAUUUUACUCUGAUG